GUCAGAGACAGACACCAGCCGAGAGAGACGCUCUCACACAGAGCUCGUGUAGGAAGCGAGCAAAACACACUGCAACAUUUUCCUGAGGGUAUGUGAUGACGCGAUCAACUAGUGGAUCCGAAAUUCAUGCUUGGAUGUGUCUAUUCGUCGGCUUUGAGUUCCAGCACUCUGCCUCUCUGCAACCGGACACUUCCACUCCAAGACAAAGUCCGGUGGCACCGGCAUCCGAGCGCGCACAUACACGGGGAUGAUCGCCGCAUUGUCCGGAAAAUGUGUAUCAUUGCACCGCGGCUGAGAUCUGCUUCGCCUGCGCUCAUCGUGGGGUCGAACCUCUCGGUUCGUGUCUGCGCUCUGCGCCCCGUGUCAUUCCCGGUGAACUGAGAUGGCUCUUUGCGCUGUGGUGCGACACGCGCGCAGACCGCGGCGGGGGGCUUGGACAGAUGCCGUUUUGAUAACGACCUAUUGCUUUCUUUGCGUAUUGCCAUUGAAACAACUUUGCGCGUUCCCGUCUUCGCUGAGCGACUGUCAAACACCCACCGGGUGGAACUGCUCCGGGUUUGAAGAGCAAGACACAGAUCUUUUUCUCUGCGACACAAACACGUGCAAGUUCGACGGAGAGUGUUUGCGAAUCGGGGACACGGUGACUUGCAUCUGCGAUUUUAAGUGCAGCGGUGACUACGCGCCCAUGUGCGGUUCAAACGGCGAGAGCUAUGAGAACCACUGUCUGCUGCGGAAAGACGCCUGUAAGCUCCAGACGGAGGUGCUGGUGGUGUCGGAGGGUGCCUGUCCUGUCGAUGCUGGCUCUGGAUCAGGGGACGAUGUUAAUGAGGGUUCUGCAGAGAUCAGUCAGAAGGAGACGUCAACAUGCGACAUUUGUCAGUUCGGUGCAGAGUGUGAUGAGGAUUCGGAGGAUGUGUGGUGUGUGUGCAACAUCGAUUGCUCCCACAUCAGUUUUAAUCCAGUUUGCGCAUCAGACGGCCGUUCCUAUGACAACCCUUGCCAGGUGAAAGAGGUGUCGUGUCAGAAGCAGGAGAGGAUUGAGGUCAAAUACCUCGGACAUUGUAAGGAGGAGAAAGACCAGGUGAGCGAGGUACCGUGGGGCCUAUACAUCCCGUGUCCGGAGCGAUAUAAGAACUACUGCGUCCACGGAGAGUGCGAGUAUCCUAGCAACCUCUCGCCCCCCACCUGCAGUUGUCAUUCAGGCUUCAUCGGGCCACAGUGCGACACAAAGGACUACAAUGUGAUGUACGUGGUUCCCGGUUCUGGAAAGCUCCGUUACGUUCUGAUCGCGUCCAUCAUCGGAGCUCUACAGGUGGCCGUCAUCUGCCUCGUUGUGCUCUGCAUCACACGAAGGUGUCCACGUGGGAAUCGGACGGCACGUCAGAAGCAAAGCGUUCCACACUUCAACUCGGAAAACACCCUGCGGGCCUCCACGAGACUCAUCUGAUGAACCCUCAAACCUGGAGUGACGUGCUAAAGACAGCAGAGGAAGGCCCCAGGGAAUUAUGGGAACUCAGCCCAUUCAGACAGGUGACGCUGGAUGUAUAAGAAGCGAGGCAAAGACGUCUAGUUGUUUCCCUUAGGGAAUAAACCGGGGACGGGCCUCAUGAGCUUUGGUUUCUCCAUCUAGCGAGGGGAUGUCAGGAACACUCCCAUCCCGGGGAUUUAAACAAUCGAGAACAGUGGAGAGUGGACGGACGGAUUUUUAAAUUGUUGGAGGUGUGCCACAUGUUGCCUUGUAUUUGUUGUCUAUGACACCAUAAAAGAAAAGAGCCGUCCAGGCUGUCUUUGGUUAUGUAUUAUAUAUUUCAAAUAGGUUCAUAUUCUUGUGACGGUUUUCUUUGUUUUUAUUCGCUGUACUGUAAAUAAAUAAUUUAUAUC